UCGCUAUGGCAGCGGCGUCGCGGUGGGCUCGGCCUCCUCCGGCCGCCGACUCGGGCAUGAGCGGGGCCGACAGGUAGCCGUGCUGCCCGCCGCCGCAUCCGACCGGGCCCCGCCGGGAACAUGCCCCUGGCCGCCUACUGCUACCUGCGGGCCGUGGGCAGGGGCAGCUACGGGGAAGUGACGCUCGUGAGGCACCGGCGGGACGGCAGGCAGUAUGUCAUUAAAAAACUGAACCUCCAAAAUGCAUCGAGCCGAGAGAGGCGAGCUGCUGAACAAGAAGCCCAGCUUUUGUCCCAGCUGAAGCACCCCAACAUUGUGACCUACAAGGAGUCGUGGGAAGGAGGAGAUGGUCUGCUGUACAUCGUCAUGGGCUUCUGUGAAGGAGGAGAUCUGUACAGAAAACUCAAGGAGCAGAAGGGGCGGCCUUUGCCUGAGAGCCAGGUGGUGGAGUGGUUCGUUCAGAUCGCGAUGGCUCUGCAGUAUUUACAUGAAAAGCACAUCCUCCACCGAGAUCUGAAAACGCAAAAUGUCUUCCUAACCAGAACAAACAUCAUCAAAGUGGGCGACUUAGGAAUCGCCCGAGUGUUAGAGAAACACUGUGACAUGGCUAGCACCCUUAUUGGCACACCCUACUACAUGAGCCCGGAAUUGUUCUCGAACAAACCCUACAACUAUAAGUCUGAUGUUUGGGCUCUGGGGUGCUGUGUUUAUGAAAUGGCCACGCUGAAGCAUGCUUUCAAUGCAAAAGACAUGAAUUCUUUAGUUUAUCGGAUUAUUGAAGGCAAGUUGCCACCAAUGCCGAAAGAUUACAGCCCAGAGCUGGCAGAACUGAUAAGAUCAAUGCUGAGCAAAAGGCCAGAAGAAAGACCAUCUGUGCGUAGCAUCCUGAGGCAGCCAUACAUAAAACGCCAGAUAGUCUUGUUCUUGGAGGCCACCAAGGCAAAAACGUCCAAAAAUAAUAUUAAAAAUGGGGACUCUAAAGCCAAGCCUGUGGCUACUACGGUGCUUUCUGGAAAGGCUGAUUCCAAUGAUGAAGAGGUCCCUGCGCAGCAACAGUCUCCUGAGGACUCCAAGAUACAUGCACCGGGUAAAGACAGAUGUUUGUUGCAGGAGAAACCCAUCGUCAUUUGCCCCUUGAAGAUACUUACAAGCAUUAAGGACCCAACUUGCAAUGCCGGCAUGAGCAGCACCCCAGAAUCACUGGCCACAAUCAGCAACGUGGACAUUGACCUCUUGCCUGCAGAAAGGAGGGACUCCUCGAGGAAUGGCUUAGCCCAGGAGGAUCAGCCAAGGUGCUUCGAGGCCUCUCAUGAGCCAGAAAGUAAAGGCACAAUUUGUCAAGUGAAGGAGAGACCUCAGGAUAAGACUGAGGCCUGUUCUCAGCCUCAAAAGCUAAGUUCUCCUCGGUCCUCUGAUGAUGUCACUGGGGAAAGGAAUGUUCCAGUGAAGCCUCUGCAGGCCCUAAACAAAAACCAAAAGCCAAAGGACCUGGUAGAAGAUGUGCAGAAGGCUCUGGGUUUGGAGAGGAGACUGGAAAGUUCAGAGACAAAGGAUCAAGAUGCUGGCAAAUGUAUUACAGAGAAGCAGGGCGGAAUCCACCCAGGCUUACAGCCACACCGCUCCGGCUCUGAACCUUCUUUGUCUCGGCAGCGACGGCAGAAGAAACGAGAAGAGACUGAGCACAGUGGGGAAAAGGGAGAGUUCCAAGAGGCUCUUCCUCGACUUUUGCCUUCUCUUCCUACUGCUGGAAAAGUGGACGUCACAUCAGCACAGACGGACGCUGAGAAGCAGAUUCCGGUGGCCUCUGGGCCUAUGAGCUGUUACAGAAGCACUGAGGUCUCUUCAUCAAAGGAUCAUCGACCAUUAUCAGCCAGAGAGAGGAGGAGACUGAAGCAGUCACAAGAAGACACACACCCCUCAGGCCCUUCAAUGAGGAGAAGAGCUUCUCUGAGUGCAGCAGGGUCAGAGACCCCCCGAGAGGAAGGAGAGCCCAACCCUUCGCAGAGGCUGACUUCCGACCAAAGCCUCGCUCAGGAAAUAAAGCCCUCUCACGGUAUCUCUGAGGACGAGUUAAGUUCUUCUACAAGUUCAACAGAUAAAUCGGAUGGAGAUUCCAGGGAAGGGAAAAGUCAUACUAGUGAAAUGAGUGACUUGGUACAAUUGAUGACUCAGACCCUAAAACUGGACUCCAGAGAGAGCUGUGAAGAGCUGCCAAUGUCAGAUCCAGUGUCUGAAUUUAAACUUCACCGGAAGUAUCGGGACACACUGAUACUGCAUGGCAAAGUUGCAGAAGAGACAGAGGAGCUUCACUUGAAAGAACUACCUUCAGCUAUCACGCCAGGUUCUGAAAAGAUCCGAAGAAUAGUUGAAGUCUUGAGAGCUGAUGUAAUUCAAGGCCUGGGAAUUCAGCUCUUAGAGCAGGUCUAUGAUCUGUUGGAAGAGGAGGAUGAAUUGGAGAGAGAGGUACGUUUACGGGAUCAUAUGGGUGAAAAGUAUACGACUUACAGUGUGAAAGCUCGCCAGUUGAAAUUUUUUGAAGAAAAUGUGAAUUUUUGAGAACUUAUUCUGCCGGAACUAAAGACCUAUUUUCAAAAGGGUUUUGCUAAACAAAAUAGACCCAGAACAAUAUCUGGAGGCCAGCUAUUCAGAGUAUACAGAAAAAUCUGAAGCAAGCCUACAAAAGGAGAAAACUUUGGCAUUUUAUUCACUGUAUAAGAAAAGGUCUGUUAUAAGACACUUGUUUGAUUUACUGCAUACCGAGCCUUAAAGAUCAACCUAGUAGCUAAAACUUUUUUAAAGUACUGUUCAGCGUGAACACAGGGCCACAAAACAGAUUGGAAGUUUUAUAUCAUACCACAGUGAUAAAACAAUAAACACUAUUGACAGUGAAACUUUUUGUAAAUA